AUGGCAUACAAGCAGACCUUGUCCCUCGAUAUCCUGCACGAGAUCAUUCAAUACUACUUCGCCGAUACCCCCUCUCGCCACACGUCGUCUCUCGCCGACGACGCGACGCGCCUCAAGCUGGUCUGCAAGGACUGGAAUAGGAUCGUCUCUAAGAUACUCCAGAAUCCAACCAAGACAGUCCCUCCGAUCUCCAAGCUUCCGGUUGAGCUUCACCACAAGAUUUUCUCUUACGUGUUGGCUCACGACCCCAACGACCAGUGGCUGGCGCGACCUCAUUAUGGAUUGGAGCGCACGUUGGUGCAACGUCCAGCUGAAGAACCCCAAUGCAGUGGCCCACGCCCUGAAUCGCACCCGGGCAACCGAGCGUAG